AUGCCACCAUCAAAAGGUUGGACUCUGUAUUUGGAUUUUGCUGAACUGGCACUGUCUUUGAACCUGAAAUUUCCAAACCCCCCGCGGCCCGCCCCCAGGUCCAGGCCCCAUCUCCAGGGCCCCGGGGAAGGGAAAGAAGGUAGAGAACAGAGCUGGCUCCCCAAGUCCUGGAUUCCCUCCCCUAAAAAGCAUCCGCCUCCACAUAGCCAGACCCUCCCCAGACCCUGGGCUCCAGGAGGCACGGGGUCGAGAGAGCCCCUGGGUCGUAGAGGGAGGGCCGGCCCCUGGGAGGGUUGGCAGGCCGCCCGCCGCGCCCACACCCUGCCCCGCAGCUCCAGCGGCCCUGCUCGCGGAGAAGUUAUUUUUGUCAUUGACGCCACGUGCGUGGUGAUAAGGUCCCAGUACGUCCCGACCCCUCGAACCCAGCGCGUGCAGCUUUUGCCGGCUGGGGUGCCCCGCACUGUGGGCGAUGCCCCCAGCCCACCGAAGCCCAGCAAGGAGGAGGGGGAGGCGGCCGCGGCCUUGCCUUCCCCUUGCCAAAAGCUGCUGUCGAGCAGCCGCCUUUCACAACAGCCACACGGGGCGCGCGGGUUCGAAGCUGAGGGCGGGAAGCCCGCGGAUCCCUCUUUGGAGGAGCGCGCCUCCCGCAUCUUGGGGCUCCCGGUGGACGAAGUCAACCUGCAAGACGCCCCCACGCCGCCAGGUAGCCUGGGGCGCUCAGUCUCCGGCCCAGCGGCUUUCAGGGCGCGAAUAGCGCCGAGGGCUCGGGGGGGAGUGGCGGGGGUCCCCCGGCACGCGGGGCGGGGCUGGGCGCGGACCCCGGGGCCCUACGCCGGGGCCCUGCGGGAAGCCGUGUCCCGCAUCCGCCGCCACACCGCCCCUGACUCGGACUCGGAAGAAGCUGCGGAGCUCAGCGCCCAUAGCAGCUCCUCUGAUGGAAGCGACACGGAAGCCUCCGGCGCCCCCUGGCGGAGUGAGCGAGCCGGGUGCCGAGAGGGCGGGAAGACCACACAGCGGCACGACAGUAUCCGAGAGAUUCUGGAUGUCAUCAGCCAAACCGGGGAGGCCCUUUCUGGAGAGAGGAACAGGACGGGGGCCCCACGGAGAAGUAGGGAGCGGCAGUGAGAGGCUCUUUGUUGUAUUUGUGCUUCCCAACCCAUCCAUCCUUGGGCCCACUGGCCCCCUUACUUCCUCACAGACUUCCUUUACCCCUUACCUAUACCGGUUCCCAUAACCCAAAAAGAAGCCGCCCGAAUGAAAGGAAAGGGAACAUACGCUGAUUUGUAAUUUUUAAAAAAUCCUCACCCUAGGAUAUUUUCCCAUUGAUUUUUAGAAAGAGUGGAAGAGAGAGGGAAAGACAGAGAGAAA